UAUGGAGGUAAAUGCAAUAACGACGGGUCAUGCUUAAAUUGUAUAGCUAAUUUUGAAGGGGAUAAAUGUGAUGUCUGCGUUCACGGGAAAUACGGAGAAUUGUGUGAAAAAAACUGCGUAAACGAGAAAUGCGGAUGCAAAAAUGCAACGGAUUGUAUUUCUUGCAAACCUAGAUAUUUUGACAUCAAUACUUUUUGUUCAAAACGGUGUUCCGUGGGUUGUAGGGACAAUUGUGAAAAUAACGGCGUUUGUACGUGUAUCCCACAGUAUUCUGGAAGCACCUGCGAAGAAUGUAAACUUGGUUACUAUGGUGAUAACUGCACCACCCCGUGUUCAAAUGGUUGUAUCGAUACCACUUGCAAGAAAGAUGGAACCUGCCAGUGUAUUCAAAACUUUUCUGGAAGCAAAUGUGAAACUUGUGUUGUAGGACAUUAUGGCGAAUUAUGUCAAUAUCAGUGUGGAGGAGGUUGUAUAAACAACACCUGUGACAGAUAUUAUGGCACAUGCGAAUGUGAAUUCAGUUACAAAGGAUCACUAUGCAAUAUGUGUAAGGAUGGUUAUUUCGGAAGUAGUUGCAACUUGUCAUGCUCGGGUAGCUGUUAUAAUUGUUCUUCUAUUGAAAACUGUUUCAUAUGCAAAGAAGGAUUUUAUGGUUUAAACUGCUCAUACCAGUGCUCGGCUAAUUGUUUAGAUUCUCGUUGCGAAAAAAGUUAUGGUUUUUGUACAGAUGGUUGCUUGGAUGGGUUUACAGGUGCAACUUGCAGUGAUAAAUGUGAUGUCAUUUGUAAAACAUGCUCCCAGACAAAUUAUUCACACUGCACAUCAUGUUUUGGUGGAUUAAGCGGACCUUCUUGUAAAUGUAUUCCAAACUGUCAGUGUGAAUUAAACAGUUAUGUGUGUAAUGAGUGCACAGAUGGAUUUGAAAUAAAUAGCAAGGAUUGCAAAUGUAACAGAAAUUACUGUUUGAAUAACUCGCAUUGUACAUCGUGCCAGAAUAAUACGUUUUAUACUUAUAAUGGUACAUGCUGUGAGUGUCACACGCAUUGCAAAAAUAAACAAUGCUCGUCAGAAACCCAUUGCUUGAAUGGCUGUGAAGACGGAUACACCGGUGAAGACUGUGCAGAUUUAUGUAAAGAUUACGAUACCAGUUGUAGGAAAUGUAGUCAGAUUGAGCAUUUCUGUGUUAAUUGUGAAAUCGGGUUCUCACCGAACACAGAAAGUGUAUGUGCAAGACAAUGCAAUGAUACCUGUUUUAACAAAGAGUGUGAUGUUAAUACAGGCCAGUGUCUUCAAGGUUGCAAUGAGCGGUACUGGGGACAAAACUACAACCAUUCAUGCCACCCUUCUUGCACAUCCUGUCUGCAGGAAAAUGGAACAUGUACACAGUGUGUAAACAACUCUUUAAUCAGCUUUGGAGAUUACUGUGCUAUACAAUGUAGUGAAACCUGUGUCAACAAAUUAUGUGAUGAUACAACAGGCCGGUGUCUCCAAGGUUGCGUUCGCAACUUUUACGCCGAUAAAUGCGAUUUAGUGUGUCCCUCGACAUGCGCAUCUGAACCCAACAAAACACGAUGUGACAACUACGGUCGAUGUCUACAUGGUUGCACGGAAGGUUACAAAGGGAUCACCUGUGCAAGUGCAACAUCGACGCCUAAAUCCGAUGCAUCAGUUGGACGGUUAAUCGGGGGAACUGUUGGAGAAAACUUCAUAAAAACAACGCCUGAAAGUGAAAGCCAACGUGCAUCCCGUAACCCGAAUCCGUUUACCAUUGAAGAUCAAGAAACGCACUAUCAACAAUUGAGCGACCGACAUAACACAACGGCAAGAGUACAGCAAUUGAGUGACCGACAUAAUACGACGACAGGAGUACAAGAUGAAGCAUACAUUGAACUGCAAACAAACAUCAUGGACUACGAGCUUUUGGAUAUUUAAAUGAGACUUUGCUUCCUCUUGCUAAUUCUCUUAGUUUUAUACCAUUUUGGAUUAUUUGAUCAAUUCCGUUCAGUCGUAUCUAAGAUAAUUAUUUACAAUAUCAAUGACCUUUACUGACAAAUAACUAGUAUUAUCAUAUAAAAGUAUUCAAGUCUAAAUGUUUUAACUUUCCUUAUAU